AUGUUUAUUAUUGAUUUGUGGGAAUCGAUAUUCACACCAGGCACUACACCGGCCUUGAUCACUGCAACUCAUGGGUCAUUUAUUUUGCUUAUCAGUUCGCUACUAGUACUCAUAUAUGUUACGAAAUCUAUACAUUUUUUCAAUUUGCUUGUGAUUGCAGUAUUGUUGUAUGGAACGGUUAUUUGGUUUAUUUCAGAGCUACAAAAGGCGAAAUUGCAGAGUAAUGAGGAAUUGAAUGCAGCAAAGGAGAAAAAAGACAUGAACAAUCAAGAGAACCAGGAGAACCAGGAGAGAUUUGAGAACCUCGAUGGUAAUACGACUUCAGUUCCUGUCAAGGUUGUUGGUGACAAACCAAGAAAGAGAAAAGUUUAA